AUGGACCUUUACUUCAAUAACGGUGACCCACUCAAUGCCCUUCUCAGAGACGAGCGCAAGCGAACCCUCUAUCUUGUUGAUACACCAUUCGCGUUUGUUGACAAGGUGACGACUCUGACGAAAUAUGCAUAUGACAACGCAGGCCGUAUGGAUCAUGGCCGUGUAGUGGCACGAUUUGAAUGGCACGUCUUCAGCGACACCAGAUUCGAAUUUGAGGGGCAGUUGUACACCGCCAAGGCGUUUCUGCAAAAGCAUAGCAGAGGAAGGCAGCAUCACUUCCAAGGUCUCGACGGGCGCCCAUACAAAUGGAAGUGGGGCUCCAAAGCGCCGUCGCUUAGAGUGAACGAUGGGAGCGAGACCGUGAUCGCUGAAUACCAUCGACGAUCAUUGGGAUUCUUGAACUCAGCUCACGAUCCCUACCUUCGAGUAUCCCCACAGGGCAUGCACAUGCUGGACUUGAUAGUGGCUACCUUUAUCUUUGUGGAGAAAAAGAGAUUGGAUGCCCAAAGACGGCGCAAUAACGCAAACACAUCCAUGGCGAGCGCGUCGAUGACGGCGGGUGCAGUGGCAUCAACCUUUUGA